UGAACUGUGAGAGUUGUGUCACCUGAACUGAUCUGAGACAAACCUAAUUCCCAUUUUGAAGAUGGCAGCCUCCUGCAGAUAUUUACUGAAACCUUGGACACCGAGUGUGUGUUUCGUGAGAUGGAGUCGCUAUAAUCCGUACUAUCUGGAUCCCGAUCCCAGUAAAGAUGCCCUCGCUCAUUCAAAAUCAGACCUCAGUCCUGAAGAGAAAGAGCUGAAUGAACUUAAAACAGUGAGCCCAAUAAAAGCAGCACUGUCAAGUGCCACAAGCUCCCCUUUCAAUGACACUGUGAUAAGUAAGUUCAUCAACACCAUGAUGCAAGAUGGCAAAAAAGUCCUUGCUAGAGGAAUCAUGACACAGACUCUGGAGAACAUAAAGAGAAAACAGGUGGAGAAAUACCACAAAUCUCAUCCAGCCAAGAGAGAAGACAUUGAGUGUAAUCCAUAUGCCAUCUUCCAUCAGGCCCUGGAGAACUGCAAACCCAUCAUCGGCCUGGCCAGUAUUCAGAAAGGAGGAAAAUUUUACCAGGUGCCUGUGCCUCUCACGGAUAACCGCCGGCGUUUUCUGGCCAUGAAAUGGUUGAUCACAGAAUGCAGAGAUAACAAACAUCGUCGCACGCACAUGUAUGAAAAGCUCUCCCAAGAGCUGCUGGCUGCCUUCGCCAACGAGGGAAACGUGGUGAAACGAAAACACGACCUACACAAGAUGGCCGAAGCCAACAGGGCAUAUGCCCACUACCGCUGGUGGUAGAGAAAAGGAAGAUCUGGACUUCUAAUUCCACCGUUUAGGUGGGACCCUCUUGUUUAGACUGGCUUCAUCAAGUGACUUGGUGGAUAUUGCUCCAGACACGGACAUGCACUCAUAAAUACAGAUUGUCUUUGUGUUAAAACUAUAAAUAUUGUCACAUUUCCAUAAUUGAGCAAGAAUCCUCUACAAGUUGUCACAACGGGAUCUACUGUACAUUAAAAUAAAGACA